AUGGACGGAAACCUCGCCCUCACGGGAGCUCCCAGGCGCAAAAACGGCCGCCCACAGGCCUGCGAGCCCUGCCGAAGACGAAAAGUCGCCUGCGAUCACCGCAUUCCCAUAUGCUCCCGAUGUCGCCGCGGAGGAGUAUCAGACAAGUGCGUCUAUCUGGCUCAGCCGGGCCAGCAGCACAACCACACCAACUUGUCGGGAUCAGCCGCCGUUCCAUCUCUAAGACCGCAGGCCGCAAACGGCUCUCCCAUCUCCAUGUCAGUCCCCGUCAGCAGAUCGCCACAGGCAACUCUCUCAGAGAGCAACGUUGGGUAUCUCGGCGCGACGAGUUUCUCGGCAUUCUAUGAAGAAGCUCAAAACAGCUUGUCGGUAACGGAAAAGUGCGAAUCAGAGGCGGACACGAUGCCGCCGCUCAAGAUUGUAGAGGUUUUCCCGCGGCUAGAUGAGCUUGCUCUCGGCGCCCUGCGACACAUUCCCGACAAAGCUUCGUCUCAGCUGCUGACGAGGCUCUACACAAGCUUUUACGGCGGCUGGAAUACGCUCUCGGGGCGGUGGCUGAAUGAUUCCCUGUGGGCGGCGUUUGGGACGACUCUGGAUCAUGUGGCGCGGGACGAGGAGCUUCUCAGGCGCAUGUCGUUUAAGCUGUGUCGGAACAGCGCGGUGCCUCUUGGGGAGUCUCAUACAGAUCCGCAAAAGUGGUUUGCCGAGUAUUCAGGGGCGAAUCUGCGGUGGGAGUCUCUUGGCCUGCUCUACGUCUUUUGGGCGGGCGGUGCUCGAAGACUGCCUGAGAGGACUAUCAUAUCCAGCGACUGCGAGACGCUGCACAAUACUCACGCAAGCGAUCUUGUGAAGCAGUACAAGAUGGCCGCGUGGAAGUGCAUAGAGCUCAGUCGUGAUGCGUCCAAUAGUAACACCAUGUUGGCCUUUCUUAUUUUGGGUCACAGCUUGUUGGAGUCCAACGAGUCUGGGGAUGCAGGCAUGCAGUACUGGAGGACACACGGCGACCUCAUGGCCAUGACAACGUUUCUCGGCCUCCACGUCUCUCCAAACGCCAACCCAAAGGACUUUUCCGUCACUACGCAGACCAAGCGCCAGCUAUUUGCCGCCAUCUUCACACAUGACAAGGUCACGGCCACGUUCACCGGGCGGCCGGCAUUUCUCAGUAGAAGAUUCUCCUCAACGCCACUUCCUUUGGAUAUGAGUGAAGAGUUGUUAUUGUCCAAUCCUCCCCUCGCCGAUUACACAGACUGCCGCGUGGAUGAGAAUGGAUGGAGCACCGAUGGCAAAAUUUAUCUGUCGACAACGUUGCGUGCAAGAGCCAUGCUGUCGUAUGUAAGAGAUGAAAUUCUGGAGAUUGCCCUACAAAGCAUGGAUUUCGGGGGCAAGACGGCACUUUUGAAUUUGAAGAAGCGAGAGAUGCAAAUCGUUGCCGAAUUCCCACCCUGCAUACUCUAUUCACACAACGACCUCAACAACCCAGCCGUCUCAGGCAAGGACCUGUACGCAAAACUCCUCAUCUGGCUCGAGCACCUGCAAAACCUCUUCCUCAUCGAGCGUCUCCUCAGCAAAGAAGACAGCGAAGAAGCAGGGUCCCGGCUCUUCGAAAUCAGCCUCGAGAUGGUAACGCUAGCCCAUCUCUUCUGGACGCACCAAAACCGGCUCAAGACGGUCGAAGACUGCGUCGAAUGGACAACGGCCUCGUUCGCGGCUCCGGCGGGCGGGAUCCUGUGCAUGGAGCUGCUCCGGGGCAAGGCGCACGGCACGAUGAGCGCGGCGGGCACAAAGGCCAUUAUCGUGGAGAAGCUCGGGAUGCUGGCGGCGUUUCUGGACUGGGUGAUGCCGUCGUCGCCGAAUGCUGACAUUUGCUUUCGUAUUAAAAAGGUUGUGAGAAGGGUGUUGGAGCAGGCGUUGGAGGCGCCGGUGCAGACGAACAUGUUGGAUGAGGGGGGGCAUUGGAAUAUGGACUUGUCGUCGCCGGAUUUGAAUUCGUUUUUCAGUUUUGAUUUGCUGGAUACGUUUGAGUGGUUGCGGCCGGAGGGAGGUGGAAGCGUAGUCGAUUGCUCUUGGAGUGAAGUUACAAGGAUUCGUACGAUUCUCUUUAUUGAGCCACCCCUCGACGCCAACAACCAACACACCCCACCAAGCCUAAACCUCGGCUAUCAGCUCCGUCUCUUUCCAUCUCGUCAUCAACCAUCUUUCAGCUUUCAAAUCACAACCUACAACAACUCCCAACUCACAACCAACAAGCUCCAAUUCAACUCAACCCAAACUCAGCACUCAACAUUCAACCAAACCAAACCGAAUAACAAACAACAACAAACAAUCACAAUGCCUCCCUUCCUCCGCCCUCGUCUCCCCCUCCCCUUCCCCCUCCGCAACAUCUUCCUCACAACAACCCGCCCAUCAUCAUCCUUCUCCUCCCGCCCAUCCCCCCCAAAACUCCCCGCCGCCCAACAAGCCGAAUUCGAACGCCUCCAGCGCGCCGCCGCCGUGUCCUCCGCCUUCCAAGAAGCUUCAACAACUCAGACUCCCCCCUCUACCGAAACUCCUCGCCACACAACAACCGCUUCCUCUUCUUCUUCUGUUUCUGCUUCAUCGACGCAAAAUUCAGUCAAGACAGACGACACGAAUACGCUCAACCAGGGCCUCUUCCGCGGCGCGCCACCGGAAUUCGAGGGCGAUACGAAUCCCAAGACGGGCGAGGUCGGCGGUCCCAAGAACGAGCCUUUGCGGUGGGGUGGCGAUGGAGAUUGGAGCUAUAAUGGCAGGGUGACGGAUUUCUGA